GAACACAGCCUAAUCCCACCACUUCCUUCCUAGCUACUUCUCAUAGUUUCUGGGUAUUGUUUGUCUGAUCAAAAUUAAAACAUGGAAACCCAAUUUUGGUUUUCAUGUCUUUCGUUGAUCGUAUUCGUUUAUGUCCUAACCAAAGUACUUCGACGCGAAAAACUGAACUUGCCACCCGGCCCGAGGCCCUGGCCCGUGAUAGGGAACCUAAAUCUCAUAGGCCCUCUCCCACACAGAUCCAUACACGAACUCGCCCAGAAAUACGGGCCCUUAAUUCACCUCAAAUUCGGGUCCGCCUCCGUGGUGGUGGGCUCCAACGUGGAGAUGGCGAAAGUCUUCCUGAAAACGAUGGAUGUUAACUUCGCCUCACGGCCGGUGACCGCGGCCGGGAAGUACACCGGUUAUAACUAUACGGACAUCACGUGGGCUCCCUACGGCCCGUACUGGAGACAGGCCCGGAGAAUGUGCUUGAUGGAGCUUUUCAGCGCUAAGAGACUUGAAUCCUACGAGUACAUCCGGAUCGAGGAAAUGAACUCUCUGCUCAAAAAUAUGUUCAAAUGCUGCGGUCAACCCAUUUUGGUGAAGGAUUAUCUGUCGACAGUGACACUGAACGUGAUAAGCCGCAUGGUUCUGGGGAAGAGGUACCUGGACAAAGACAUCGAGAACCCGGUGGUUGCGCCGCAGGAGUUCAAGAAAAUGCUGGACGAGCUGUUCUUGCUGAAUGGGGUGAUCAACGUGGGGGAUCUGAUUCCCUGGAUCAGUUUCCUGGAUUUGCAGGGGUAUGUGAAGAGGAUGAAGAUUGUUCACAAGAAAUUUGACAAGUUUUUGGAGCAUGUUCUUGAUGAGCAUCAGGAGAGGAGGAGGAGUAUCGAGGGGUACGUGAGCAGAGAUAUGGUGGAUGUUCUGCUGGAGCUGGCGGAGGAUCCGACUUUGGAGGUGAAGCUGGAGAGGCAUGGAGUCAAGGGCCAUAUUCUGGACUUGCUGGCUGGUGGAACUGAAAGCUCUACAGUGACGAUAAUAUGGGCAAUCUCAGAGCUCCUAAAGCAACCUAAAUAUUUCAAGAAAGCAACCGAAGAGCUUGAUCGUGUCAUCGGACGAAACAGGUGGGUUAAAGAACAGGACAUGCCUAACCUCCCUUACAUACAGGCAAUUAUGAAAGAAACUAUGAGGCUCCAUCCAAUCGCACCAAUUCUCACGCCUAGACUCGCACGUGAAGACUGUAAGGUAGCUGGAUAUGAUAUCAAAAAGGGGACUCAAGUAUUUGUGAACGUAUGGACGAUUGGGUUGGAUCCAUCGAUAUGGGAGAACCCCACAGAGUUCAAUCCCGAUAGAUUUAUUAAAAAGCCAAUCGACGUCAGAGGACAUGACUUUGAACUCUUACCAUUUGGGGCGGGGCGAAGAAUGUGCCCUGGUUAUAGUUUGGGCCUGAAAGUGAUCCUGUCGAGCUUGGCUAACCUUAUCCAUGGGUUCAAUUGGAAGUUGCCGGAUCCCAUGAAGCCAGAAGAUUUGAACAUGGAGGAAGUUUUCGGACUUUCAGUUCCGAGAAAAGUCCCUCUUGUUGCUGUGCCGGAGCCCAGACUGCCACUUGAGGUUUAUAACCUUUGAUAUCAAUAAUGUGGUUCUUAUUUGUGGGUUGUGUUUAAUGUAUCGGUGAUAAUAAGGAUGAUCAUGUCUUCUCAAACACAGAAUCAAAGUUGUUGAAUGAGAAGAGAAGAGUGUUGAUUGGUGAAGUUAUGUACUAAAUUCUGUAUGAAUCAAGUCAAUCCAUUACUUUAAACAAA